CUUCCCCUCACUUGUCUCAAUUCCCUACGCCAGGCACCAACAAUCCAAUCUCGUGCGGCCAUCGCUUGUUUGCUGCCAAUUGCUGUCUUUGCUGCUCUGCUCCAGCUUCCACGGCCCCUAUCUUGAACCCGUCUACUGCCAACAAGGUAAUUUACGAAGGACGAUGCAAUUGCAAUUCGAUAUCUGCGUACAGCUAGCUCUCCCAUCUCGACCCUGCCCGUUGAGCUAGACCACUCCCACCGAAAGCCCUUGACCACGAAAUCGUAAGGCUCAGAAAUCGAUAAGAAACAUACAUACGAGGCAUGAGGAGAGAUUUGGGAGAAAUCAAAGGUCAUGAAUACGUCCCUGGACUCCGCUGGGAAGCCAGAACCCAAUGUGUUUGAUACACAACUGGAAUUCCUGUCGAGGCAAUGGGACUUGGGGCUCAAGGCGUCAAAGCAAUAUUUGCCAAUCAAGGCAACAGAGAAAGAGGCUAUCGUAAGAAAGCUUUCUUACUGCUAUUACAAGCACGUUUACAAUGCUGCUAUCGAGGAGUUCAAUUUCGAAGCCUCAAAGCUUUACACAAAGUGGCUCAAAAGCCCCGUUUCUGUUCGCGGACCUAUAACGCAGAAAACUCGCGAUAGACCAAAGCCCAUCUCUAGUAGCGAGAGAGACGAACUGCUUCGGCUUCUAAGAAGUAUACUGGACCGAUAUAUUGAAGCUUGUCCAAAGACGCCACGGAAGCCACCAAAGGAGGCUUCAAAGGCUAUACAAGCUGUCCUAAUUCCAUCAAGUAGAGGUCCUGGAUCGAAAUCCUCGAAAAUAGAAACAAUGGCUCAGGGUUCGGGUGCCGCCGCUAAGCGGUCAUUUGAAGGCCUUAAUUUCACGCCUACGAAGAAGAUAAAAGCUCCAGCAGUCUCGCAAAGCACGUUGAAGCCAUCCGUCAAAGCCUCGCCUCAAACAAUUGCGAAAGCCCAAGGUCUAAAGCAGACAACGGUUGAGUCAUUCGUGUCUGCUAGCACUGUCUCCGCUAGUAGCUUCAACAUUUCCAAAGCCUCAACCCAGAUUACAAUCCCAGACCAGAAUGAGAUCAAUAAGAGCACCUCGAGUACUAUUCCGGACAGCCAACCGCAAUACUGGUCAAGUAGUCUUGAAGAGAGUUUCAAUGUGUUAGACAAACAGCUUCAAAGCUUUGAUUCUGCUGCAAGCGCAUCUUCGAGCAUACGUGAACUGGUCUCGGACGAGCAAGUACUCCGAGAUCAGCUGCAAACACUCUUCCCUGAACUUCCCAAAUCACUGUAUUCUGCACCAUUCUGUGUGUCGUUCGAGAUCACCAGAGUCUUUUCUCAUGCACAAGUAUCAAUGUCUGGCCUGAAGAAGCCCACUAUCUCUUUCAACGACUAUGACAAAUUUUGGCAAUACUUGAAAUCGCUACCUGCUCUACAGGGCAAACAGUUACCGGAGCGAAGCAGCAGAGAUGCAUGGGCAUGUGCUAUUGACCCUUCAGCUCGCGAUUCGCAACAGUUCGAGUCCGUUGUCUUUUCGGCAUCACUAUCUUUCAACUCGAAUACGAGCGAGGAGCUCUUCAAGCUAAGAUUGAUGCCCUUACGAAUUGCUCUGCCCCAUCGGUCCGGACGACAAUUUGGUCAUGAUCGAUUCCUUGAACUUCGCGUUCCUAAUCUGGAGUCCGCCCCUUGUUACAAGAAAGAUGUCAUUCCUGAUCUACUGUUGAAAGCUGGACCAUCUGCAAUAUACGACUGGCUCGUCAACUCAUCACACCACUUCCUUGGAAGAAAGUGGGUGCCCUUUUCCGUCAAGCCGGUUGAGCGGAGCAAGAAUGCGAAAACCAAGGUUGACAAGAGUUCUGGUGUGGGUCAUGUCCUUUAUCUGUUUUCUGUGUCUGGAUGUACUGGAGGUAAUUACAAAGGCCAUCCCAACAUGACCGUUGGAAAGCUUCUCGAUGCUAUUAGACCAACCGGGCUCAAUGGAGAGCAGAGCUACCUCAAACUCUUCGCACGAAGUUCGCUAGCUCUUUCAAGAAAUCGACCAACCGUCGUCGUUCCCGAAUCACAAAUUCGAUUUCACACCAAAGAUAUACUCUCAGGAACCGAAGUCAUGAAUGACGGUGCUGCUCGUUUGUCUAGAUCUCUUGGAGAGAAAAUUAGUCGAAUACUUGGGCUCUCGUAUCACCCCGCGGCUUUCCAAGGAAGGUUCGGCGGGGCAAAGGGACUAUGGGUUGUUGACCAUGUGGACGAGACUAAAGAAGACUGGAUCGAGGUUUACCCGUCGCAACAGAAAUGGAAUCGAGAUACCCGAAAUGACGACGUCCACCGAACCUUUGAAGUGCUCGCAUAUUCAUCGAGACUCAAGACCCACGCUCUGAAUGAACAGCUUGUGACAUUGCUCAUGGAAGGAGCAAAAGAUAAGAACAAGAUGAAAAAGUCCAUGUCGGCGGCAAUGGAAACCAGCCUUGAUCUCAAGCUGGCGGAAAUAGAUCUGGCCCUUGACAAUCCGCAGCUUUUACGAGAAUGGAUACGACGCAGCAAUCCCAAUACGAAAGAACGGUUGAACGCUGGUGGCAUCUCUUAUGAAGUCGCCAUGCCGACUGUCAUAGAAGAGCGACUGAUUAUUAUGCUAGAAGCGGGUUUCCACCAAAAAGAAUCGCUCUUGAUGACAAAGUGGCUCACUCAACUGUUGGUGAGGAAGUGUGAAGGUCUCAAAGAAGAGAAGCUAAGCAUCCCAAUUGCUCGAUCAGCAUAUCCUCUCAUGGUUCCCGACUUUUGGGGUAUCUUGAAUCCUGGCGAGGCUUAUGUCGGAUUCUCAUCCUUCACAGAUAUAGAUGGUGUGACGGACUUGACGGACUCUAUCCGUAACGGCGACUAUGUCUUAGUUGCCAGGAACCCUGCCCACCUUCCUAGCGACAUUCAAAAGGUCAAGGUUGUUAAGAGGGACAUCUUCUUACCAUUAAAGGACGUUAUCAUAUUCUCUACAAAAGGAAACCCCUCGCUUGCUUCUAUGUUAAGCGGGGGUGACUAUGAUGGAGAUCGAGCUUGGUUGUGCUGGGACCCUGUGAUAGUCGACAACGUCAACUCGGUUUCAGUGCCUGAGUUCCCCGAUUUCUUCGAGCAAGGCAUUUUGAAGCGUGAUACCACGACAUACAAUGGACUGGCGCUAAGUGCGGAAGACCGAGUACGGGAAUUCCUUUCUAAGGCGAUCAUAUUCAAUAUGAGACCAAAUCUUCUACCAUUCUGUACGUCGUACAAAGAGAGUAUGGCAUUCACAUUGAAAAGCGUCUCGAGCAAAGAGAUGAUUUCUAUCAGCACCCUCUUGAGCAAUCUUGUUGAUCGACCUAAACAGGGAAUCAUAUUCGACUACGAAGACUGGACAAGAUAUGUGGAUUUCUGUGUCACAACCACAGCGCACAGAACAAGGGCAAAGAUAAAAGAUCUGGUGCAUAAUCCAAACAACGAUAUUAUCGACCACUUGAGACUGACUGUUGGAGAAAAGGUUGACGUCGCCUUGACGAAAUUUCAUAAGAAAUUUCCAGAUCUGCUAAAUCCUGGGUGGGACGAGGACUUGGUUAGGCGGUAUUGUACUGCCCGCGAUCGUGCCGCUUCUAACCCGGAAUGGAAGAGUCUCAUGAAUGGUCUGGUAUCUGAACUCAAGACAAUCAACAUGAUGUGGGCCGGAGCUUUCCGUCAAGACAGUCCCACAAAAGGGUCGGCCCUAGAGGAUGAAAGUAAGCCGGAUUUUGUAACUAUCGCCACCGAGGUAUUCGCAGUCUACGUAAAGAUUCGGCCUCGAGCAGACACUCCCUUUACACAAGCGUUACUAGCGGACGAACCAUAUGAGAAUCCGGCAAUCUCCAAGUGGGAACUCCUGAAGGCGUCAACGCUUUUCGCGAGCUACCCAAGAUACCGAGUGAGCAAUUGUGUGUGGUGGAUGGCUUUCCCUCAACUAUGCUACAUCAAAGCGCAGAGCCAGCAAGGACAGAGACUAUAUCUACUUACAACCAGGAUGUGGACGGGGUUGAAGCCAGAUAAAACCAUCUCCCGCCAAAUGCAAAGCGUAGAGUUUACGGAACAGGAGGCGGACGAUGAUUAUUUGGUGGACUCUGAGGAAGAGGAUGAUUGAUUCGACGGAAACAAGAUUUCUUUUGUCGUCUGUUGUUGUUGGAGUCUUAUUGGACUGUUGGAUUACAUUGUUGGUUUUACGAGCGCGAAUAUACCCUUGAUGAUGGCAUGGCGGUUUCAUAUUGUUCUCUUUAAUAUUGUCCAAAUCGUUGGAUGAAUAGGCUUUCGAGCUUGGGCACGAUGUUGGGUUUUCAUUGUUUCAGGCCGGGCGAUGGCGAAGCUGGAGUACACUGGUCACAACUUGCUGUGUUACAAUGUCCGUGGUCCACUAUGCUCGAUAGAAACAUAAACCUUUCAACGACUGA